UCAGUGGGGCGGCCGAGUGAGUGAAGUGUCCGGUGUAGAGCGAUUUAAGUAAUUGAGAGCGGUCAGUGGGGCGGGCGAGGUUUCUUUUUACAAUGGACUUCCCAUUUGGUGUGCUGCGCUCCUGUCCGGCCGAUCUCCAUGAGGAUUGAGUGUCGAUGGGCAGACCUGUGGACCUCACCUAUAACCUAAUAAAUGGCAGAAACUCAGAAACUCCCCUGGUCUUUCUCCAUGGACUCUUGGGCAGUAAAUCAAACUUUCAUUCAAUUUCUAAAGCGUUAUUUCAGCGAACAGGCAGGACGGUGGUGACGGUGGAUAGCCGUAACCAUGGUGAUAGUGGACACAGUCCAGUGAUGACCUAUGAAGCAAUGAGCCUUGAUCUUCAAAACAUGCUGAACAAGUUGGAGCUACCCGAGUGUAUCCUGUUAGGACACAGCAUGGGUGGCAAGAUUGCAAUGACAACAGCACUGCAAAACCCGAGGCUGGUGAAAAAGCUUGUUGUCGUGGACAUCAGUCCGGUUCGAACUAUCUCGCAAACAGCUUUUCCAGAUUAUAUUGCUGCUAUGAAGGCGGUAACUGUGGAUGCCACUUCGUCAAGAUCCUCUGCACGCACCCAAGCUGACAAACAGCUGCAACUUUGCAUCAAGGAUGCCCGUACCCGGCAGUUUAUCUUGACUAAUCUGGUGGAACGCAAUGGUCAGUACAUUUGGAGGGUUAAUCUGGAAGCUAUAGCCAACAGUUUGGAUUACCUCCUGGGCUUCCCAGAUUUCAACACUCCUUUUACUGCUCCUACCAUCUUUUUGGGUGGGGUUAACUCUUCCUAUAUUAGCUCCAAGGAGUAUCCUGAGAUCAAGCGACUGUUUCCUAAUUCUAUUAUCCAACAUGUUCCCGAAGCUGGUCAUUGGGUCCAUUCUGAAAAACCAUAUGACUUUAUAAAUGCCAUCUGUGCAUUUCUGGGGACCAGCUAGCGAACAGUAAUGGACGAAAGGAAAACUCCCUAUGGAGAUCUUCACCAGAUUGAUUUCUUUCAAUUGUGCUGCUUGAUAACAUUUGCCAAGUCUGUUUUGCAGGCUAUAAAGCUGCUUCUAAGUUAACUUGGAACAGAAUGAUCUCUCCAUGACCAUACUGUGAAUGUAAUUAUAAGUUAAGUGUUUAAACACGAA